AUGCCAACCAAUCCAGAUCCAAAUGAGCUGCGCAAAUGGAAGAGAAAGAUUGAUACACUAUGUGCCAUCAUCGAAGACCAUUUUGCUUUUGCUUCUCAAUACACAAGUGAAUCAAACAAUAUUUCCCAGGUCAAGGUAAGACUUGAGGAAAUUAAUGAAUUUUCUGAGAAAUUUGAAGAAUAUCAAGCUGAGUUAGAAAUGUUAGAUGAAAAAAAGGAUUCUGAAUGGAUCAAUGUUCGAAGAUCAUUCCGAAACCGAUUGUGUGAUGUUAAGGCUGCGUUACUCAAAAUCAUAGAUGAUCAUGUUAUCCAUCCAGACAAUGUAUCUAGUCCAUCAAUGAGCUCAGCCAGAUCUCAACAACAUUUAAAUACAUUCAACUCUAUGAGGUAUCCACCAUGUGCUCUUCCUACAUUCAGUGGUGAUUGGCAGCAGUGGUCAUCCUUUAUAGAUACAUUCAAUUCAAUGUUUCAUAAUGAGCAUUCAAACUUACCGCUAGUUCAACGCUUUCAUUACUUAAGGUCAUGCCUUGCAGGGCAGGCUAGUGAUGUUAUCAAAUCUAUUCCUACUACUGCAGAACACUUUCAAUAUGCUUAUGAUCUGUUGGUAAAUCGGUAUGAAAACAAGAGUGCUAUAAUCCAGUCACACAUUCGCUCACUACUCGAGACACCCAAGGUGGUCUCACCGUCUUGUAGUGAACUGCAAAAGCUGCAUCAUCAUGUCACAUCUAACAUCAAUGCCCUCAAGUCCUUGCAGCAACCAGUCGAACAGUGGGAUGCAUGGUUGGUCACUCUUUUAUGUAGUAAAAUGGAUAGUGCUACAGUAGGGGAGUGGUAUCUACAGUAUAAGAGUAAAGAUCUGCCUUCCUACGUGGCUGUAGAACAAUUUCUAGCUAACAGAAUAACAGCCUAUGAGGCAGGGGAUAUGAAUUGUCUGUCAAGUGAACCAAGAAAAAUGUCAACAAAAAGUUCAAAUAACAAAACAUAUGAAAAAAAGGCAUUGUUUGUAAAAUCUAAAGAAAAAGGUUUUGGCAAAUGUCCGUUAUGUACUGAGCAUCACAAAUUAUAUGCUUGCAGUAAAUUCAACAACAUGAGUACAAAUGAUAGAAGGAACUUUGUGAUGAAAUCAAGGCUUUGUUUCAACUGUCUCAACUUUGGCCAUCAAGUUUCUUCUUGUUAUUUUCCUCCAUGUCCUCGUUGUGGGGAAAAGCACAAUUCAAAGCUUCAUGAGGAACAAGCAAACACCAAUAAUCAAGAUGCUUCUAUCGCCAAUGAUGUUGACAGCCCUGAACCCCAUGCAACAGCUAUGUACACUGAAAUAUCAGCUCAGGAAACUGAAAAUCUAAAUGUUAUUUUAGCCACUGCCAUUGUCAAUGUAUGCGACACUUUUGGGCGCAUGCAUUCAUGCCGAGCUGUCCUGGACUCUGGUUCUCAACUAAAUUUCAUUACAAAUUCUUGUGCUAAAAGGCUUAACUUGUCUACUGCUUCGCAUACACUUAACAUUGUUGGAGUCUCUGCUAUGGCAUCAACAGCCAAACAACUCCAAGAUACGAUUAUGACCUCACGUUUUGGUGAUUUCAAGACAACUAUCAAGUUCUACUCUCUGCAGACUAUAGUCAGUGCCUUGCCUUCUCAGGUGCUCAUUCGGGACAACUUGAAAAUGCCUCAUAACAUACUCAACCAGUUGGCAGAUCCAAACUUCCAUAGUCCUGGUCCUAUAGAUGUGUUAUUAGGUGCUGAUAUAUUCUUUGAUGUACUUUAUGGUGAAAAGUUUCCAUUAUCAAAUUUAGCUUGCUUGCAUCGUACCAAGUUGGGAUGGAUAGUAACAGGCAAAAUCUCAACUUUGUCAACUCCUCAUACAUUACCAAACCUCAUGAUACAGAAUCAAUCUGCAUUAUCGUUCUUCACGUCAAAGACCAAUCAACGUAUUCUUGAAGAGUUCAAAGCCGAAGAGCAUUUUCAAUCAACUUUUCGUCGGCAUUGCAGUGGGAGAUUCAUAGUGAAGCUACCAAUGGCACAAGAUCCCAAGGUGCUUGGUGAUUCAUUAGACAUGGCUCAAAAAAGAUUUUUAAAUCUAGAGAGACGACUUCAAAAAGAUAAAGUACUCACUGAACACCUUCCACAUAAUCAGAAGGAUCCAAACUUCAUGAUAAAUCUUACUGAAACUGAGGUGUUGAGCGCGUUGGGACUUCUUUGGCAACCAUCUAUAGAUAGCUUUCGGUUUGCAAUGAAAAACUGGAAUGCUCCUCAACACAUAAGUAAGCGCACACUCCUAUCAAAUAUAAAUAGUGUCUAUGAUCCGCUUGGACUAUUAUCAUCAGUGUUGAUUAAAGGCAAGAUUUUUAUCCAGCAAGUAUGGAGUCUUAAAGUAGGUUGGGAUGACAUUUUAUCAGAAGAGAUAAGAUCAAAAUGGUUAAAAUUUUAUUCAAGUUUGGUUGCACUCAAUGGAUUGAUUAUACCAAGACUAGCAUUACUACCUGAGUCAGACAGUUAUGAACUUCAUGGUUUCUGCGAUGCAUCCCAACAUGCCUACGGUGCUUGCAUUUACAUUCGAUCCAGUAAGCAAGAUGGUGAUGCUGAAGUUAAAUUGUUUACGGCUAGAUCUCGGGUUGCGCCAAUUAAAACCACCACUAUUCCCCGUCUGGAGUUGUGUGGCGCGUUAUUGCUGUCAGAGUUAGUAAACGAGAUUAAAGAUGAAUUUUCAAAUAUAAACAUUAAAUUGUCUACAGAAAACAUACACCUGUGGACAGAUUCAACUAUUGUUCUACCGUCAAAAUCAUUGAUUACCAAGCUAAUUUUUAAUUAUGAGCAUAUUCGGCUCAUGCAUGCAGGACCACAGGCAUUGCUUGCCCACGUAACACUGAACUAUUGGCCAAUCCGGGGAAGACAGAUUGCAGCACAAAUCGUCCGAAAAUGUGUAACCUGUUUCCGAGCGAGCCCUCAAUUUACUCCACCAUUAAUGGCGCCUCUGCCCAGCGCAACUGUAAACAGCAAUAAAGUACAUGAUUUUCUUACUAUGCGAGAAAUUAAGUGGCACUUUAUACCACCUGCUUCCCCACACUUUGGAGGGUUGUGGGAGAGUGCAGUCAAGUCAGCUAAAAAGCAUCUUCUUCGAGUGUCGAAGGGAGUGUUGCUAACAUUUGAUGAAACCAGAACUUUACUAUGUCAAAUUGAAGCUGCAUUAAACUCUCGGCCUCUAUCUCCACUUUCAUUAGAUCCCAACGACUUCAAUGCACUCACACCAGGGCACUUCUUAAUUGGUGGUCCACUCAUGCUACCACCUGAGCCCGAUGUAUCAUCCAUACCACAAAACCGCUUAAAACGAUAUUCACUUAUGAGGCAGCAAAUGCAGCUCUUCUGGAAGCGGUGGUCACAAGAAUAUUUGCCUCAACUCCACCGAAGAGGUAAAUGGACCAAGCCGAAUCGAAAUUUUUGUGUUGGUGAUCUUGCAGUCUUGCGUGACGACAACAUGCCACCCUUUAAAUGGCCAUUAGUCCGCGUAGCAGCAGUUCAUCCUGGGGCUGAUGGUGUUGUUAGGGCAGUGACCGUGCGAAAUUCCACUGGGUCUGAAUUUCGACGUCCAGCAAUCAAGUUAUCCCUACUACCCACCGAAAAGGAUCACGAUGAUGAAGAUUAG